AUAGGGUAACUGAGAGGAAGAUUGUGCAAUACCCGUGUUUACAAUCGGUUUCACGUUGAGAGUGAGAGUGUGUCAUUUCAAGAUGAAUCCACACCCAUCCUCCAGUAGAGAAGAAGACACACCCUCAGGGAAACUGGAUAUUUGUUGCGGUAUGGAGAAUGUUCCUGUCUUUGCGGAGGGUGAUCAGCAAUUUAAAUCAGAUUUUGAGUAUACUCAAUCAAAUGUUCUUGGUCCUGGACUGGUAGGGACAGAUCCCAAAGAAGUGCAGUACUGUGGAUGCUCCUGUAAAGUUUCAUCUUGUGGACCAUCGUGUCUUUGCCUUGAGCGGUUUGGACCAAACUACACACCUUCCGGGAAACUGCUUCAAGCUACGUCUGAUCCCUUGGCAGUAACCUCAAAACCUAUAUUUGAAUGCAAUGCGUCUUGCAAGUGCGGUGAAGAAUGUGUGAAUCGCUUAGUCCAGCAUGGCAUCCAUCACAAACUGGAGGUCUUUAGAACUCGUCACAAGGGUUGGGGAUUGAGGGUCUUGGAGUCGAUAGAGGAAAAUGCCUUUAUGUGCGAGUAUGCUGGAGAGGUAUUGACGAAGGGGGAAGCAAAGAUAAGAAUGCAAAAUAUGAGAAAGGACGACAUGAACUACAUAUUUGUUCUCAAGGAAAACUUUGGGGGACGUAGUGCGAUGGAAACUUUUAUUGAUGCACGGCUGAAAGGUAGCAUAGCAAGGUUUAUCAAUCAUUCUUGUGAACCAAAUUUAUUCUUGUGUGCUGUCCGAGUCCAUAAUGAAGUUCCUAGAGUGGCUAUGUUUGCAAGGAGAGGCAUCAAGCCUGGUGAAGAAUUGAGCUACGAGUAUUGUGGGAAUGUGGAUAGACCCAAUGAUGAUUCAACGAAAGGAGGGACAAAGGAUCUUUGUAAAAAUCAACCUAGAAAGCUCUGCAUGUGUGAAAAUCAAUCUUGCCAGAAAUAUCUCCCGAGUGAUAUGUCCAUCUAUUCAACAUGAUCAGGGCAUUUUUUUUCACUUUAUUUUAACUUGAGAAACACCCAACGAUGGGUUGAAAACUCAUCAACUAAUAGAUUUGUUUGAAAUUUAACCAUAUCAGAGUGGAAAUGUUUUCAUUUCUUCGUUUAAUUUGUUGUUAGUUACAUCUUUCUCAUCAUCAUCAUCAUGAUACGAGGAAAGGUAGAUCCUGGCAUCCUGGGUCGCCUCUUCUAUUCAGACAAUAGAGUGGUGAAGUGUGA